CAUUUUUAUAGAUAUUAUUUAUCACUUCAACUCUUCUUUGGCUUCAUUCUACCUACAAUAAUACCAGUAUACCUCUGGAACGAAACCUGGGCCAGAGCCAUAAUAUCGCAAGUAUUUAUACGAUACAUUAUCACUCUGCACACCGUGUGGACCAUCAAUAGCAUCGCUCAUGCGUGGGGUACUAGACCAUAUGAUAAAAACAUAAAACCGACGGAUAAUAUUAUUAUCAAUUACUUGACAUUGGGAGAAGGAUAUUACAAUUAUCAUCACGUGUUUCCCUGGGAUUACAGAGCGGCGGAAAUAGGAAACAAUAGAAUGAAUUACACCACACUCUUUAUCGAUAUGUUUGCGAAAUUAGGAUUAGCCUACGAUCUUAAGUACCCGUCCAUGGAUUUGAUAAAGAAAACCGUAUUCAAGAGAGGUGGCAGAACACAUCUCAUGUUAUCCGAAGUACCGGGACCGAAAUGAGAUUAAUUAUACAGCCGAAAAAAAUAAAGUAAGAAACAUAAAAAAAAAAGAAAUAUAAUCGGAGAAAGAAAUAAUAAAUACAUCUGUCUUUUGGUUGAGGAUGCAUCUUGCUAUAAUCUUUAGACUUGUUUUUAUUGAAAAUACAAUUUAAACGUGAAAUACAAAUUAAUGAAAUAUGUCAAUGAUUAUUGCGUAAUGUUAUUGUUAUAUUAGGAAACACUUUACGUGUGAUCUCGACCAACGAAUGGUCUCUUUAUAUGAAUAGUAUCACUGCGUACUUAAUUUUAUGUAUACAUAUAUAUGGAAGAUUAUAAAAAUC